AUGGAUUGGACGAAUGAAAAAAUCAUUAAAUUUAUACAAGCUAUUGAAACUUAUCGUGUUUUAUGGGAUUCCAGUCACCAUGAGUAUAAAAAUAGAAAUAAAAAACACGACGCCACUCAAGAUUUGGCUCAACGUUUUAAUUGUGAUUCGACUGAGGUAAUGAGAAAAUGGAAGAUUAUUUUGGCGCAAUACCGAAGAGAAAAGAAGAAAAUCUCGGAUUCAAAAUCUUCAGGUUCUGGGAUUUCAGAUAUAUAUAAGCCAAAAUGGUUUGCUUAUGCAUAUCUGAGUUUCUUUCAUGGGAGGGACGAACCGAACGUCAGCAUGUCAUCACAAGAUGAAAUAAAUGAACAAUUAAUACAAGAUAUCAAGUAUGAUGAAACAGACACAGAAAAUGAAGAUCAAGAAUGUCCUCAUAAAAGGCCAGUCAAAAAGUUGAAGAUUCCAAAGAACUCGCUGAAACGUCGUGCUGACGAUGAAGACCCGAGAGUUACUCAUACUUCGUCCGUAAUGGAUAACGUAAAUAAGCAGAUGGAAGCAAAUAAGCGUGAUGACGACGACAUUUUUGCUGCAGCCGUAGCGACGAAAUUAAAAAAAAUUAAAGAUGGGCGGACGAAGAUUUUAGUGCAACGGGAUAUCGAUAAUUUAUUGUAUGACGCCAUUAUCCUCGAAUAUGGUUGA